AUGGAGUAUGAGUUGGAUAAAGCUUUGAAAGACAUGUCGAUCGAGGAUGAUAAACCAAUCGUGCUAGCUAGAGGAAUAGCUUUAACAAAGGAUCAGUUUCAGUUCUUCUUUGAUUCAGAGUCCGAGUUAACUACGGUUCUAGAGACCGGUGCUUGGACUUUUAAUGAUUGGAGUAUUACAUUGGAGCGUUGGGUGGAGAAGCCGCCGGAUGAUUAUUUGAAAAUAAUUCCAAUUUGGAUCCGAUUACGCAACAUUCCGGUGAAUUUCAACACAGCUGAUACAAUUAAGGAAAUUGCUGCGCAUAUUGGGCAAGUUUCUCUUGUUGCCUUUGAUCCCUUGAAACCGUUGAGUAAGGGUUAUGUCAGGGUUAAAGUUCUUUUCGACGUAAACAAACCACUAAAGAACUUUAGAGAACUUCAGAUUCCAUCUGGAGAGGUGAUUAACAUUGGAGUGGAGUAUGAGAGGAUUCGCCGUCGUUGCUACCAGUGUCAACGAUUAACUCAUGACAGAGAGUGA